AUGAAGUUCGGAGAGCAUCUCAAGAGCUCUCUCAUCAGAGACUACAACUUCUACUACAUCAGCUACGACGACCUCAAGAAGGAAUUGAAAUCAGGAUUGAAAUCAAAUGGUAACAAAUGGUCCACUGAGUUGGAGGAAAACUUUUUAACCAGUCUAGAGGCUGAACUGGACAAGAUCUACACCUUCCAGAAAGUGAAAGGUGCUGAAAUCACAAGAAGAAUCAAGGACUCGGAACAAUCUGUUAAUGAAGUGAUUGGUUCAAUUGAUACGGAGAAUCCACCUUUGGAACAAGACUUUGAAGAUUUAGAGGAAGAAUUGAGUGAUGUUAUUGCAGAUGUUCAUGAUUUAGCCAAAUUCACAAGAUUAAACUAUACUGGGUUCCAAAAAAUCAUUAAAAAGCAUGAUAAACAAACUGGUUGGAAUUUAAAACCAAUUUUCCAAGUUAGAUUAGAUGCUAAACCUUUCUUCAAAGAAAAUUAUGAUUCAAUGGUUGUUAAAAUCUCAACUUUAUAUGAUUUGGUUAGAACUAGAGGUAAUCCUGUUAAAGGUGAUUCUGCCGCUGGUGGUUCUCAACAAAAUUUCGUUCGUCAAACUACAAAAUAUUGGGUUCAUCCUGAUAAUAUUACAGAAUUGAAAUUAAUCAUUUUAAAACAUUUACCAGUCUUGGUCUUCAAUACUAAUAAAGAAUUUGAAAGAGAAGAUUCUGCAAUUACAUCUAUCUAUUAUGAUAAUAAGAAUUUAGACUUGUAUUAUGGUAGAUUAAGAAAAGAUGAAGGUGCUGAAGCUCAUAGAUUAAGAUGGUAUGGUGGUAUGUCUUCUGAUACUAUUUUCGUUGAAAGAAAAACUCAUAGAGAAGAUUGGACUGGUGAAAAAUCUGUCAAGGCAAGAUUCCCAUUAAAGGAAAAAUAUGUUAAUUCAUUUAUGAAGGGUGAUUAUACUGUUCCACAAGCUUUUGAAAAAAUGAGAAAAGAUGGUAAAAAAUCAAUUAAAGAAAUUGAAAAUUUGGAAGCUUUAGCAAUGGAAACUCAAUAUACCGUUUUAAAACAAAAAUUAAGACCUGUUGUUAGAUCUUUUUAUAAUAGAACUGCAUUUCAAUUGCCAGGUGAUGCAAGAGUUCGUAUCUCUUUAGAUACUGAAUUAACAAUGGUUAGAGAAGAUGAUUUCGAUGGUGUUGAUAGAACUAAAGGUAAUUGGAGAAGAAUGGAUAUUGGUGUUGAUUGGCCUUUUAAUCAAGUUGCUCCAAAAGAUAUAGAAAGAUUCCCAUAUGCAGUUUUAGAAGUUAAACUACAAACUCAAUUAGGUCAAGAACCUCCAGAAUGGGUUAGAGAUUUGAUUUCAUCACAUUUAGUGGAGGCUGUUCCUAAAUUUUCAAAAUUCAUUCAUGGUAUUGCAACUUUAUUACCUGAACGUGUUGAUUUACUUCCAUUUUGGAUUCCUCAAAUGGAUGUUGAUAUUAGAAAACCAAUGUUGCCUAAUGAAAUUGGUAUUCAUAGAAUCCAUAACAAUUCAAAUACAAACACUUCAAGUGGUGAAUAUAUGGAUGAAGAAGAAUUGGCUGGUUCACAAUUUGGUGCUAUAAAUCAAGGUCAAUCAAGUUCUGAACCAAACACUGCAUCAAAUGAACAUGCUCCUUUAUUAAUAAGUAAUUAUUCAGGUGCCACAAGAAACAAUAAAAAAACAACUGUUUUUACAUCAAUAAUGGAUAAAUUUAACUAUUGGUUUACAGAUGAAAAUACUUAUAAAGUGAAUCCAAAUACUGUUUUUGAAUCAAAAUUUUCAGCUCCACCUGGUAAAAAAAUUUGUGUUCCAGUAAGAGUGGAACCAAAAGUUUAUUUUGCCACUGAAAGAACAUUUUUAAGUUGGAUAUCAAUUGCUUUGAUUUUAAGUGCCACUACAACUUCUUUAUUAACUUAUGGUGAUAAAGUUUCAUUAGCUGCUUCUGUUGGAUUUUUCAUAACUACUGUUUUAACUAUUAUUUAUGCUUCAAUCAUGUAUGUUUGGAGAGUUAUAAACAUUAGAUCAAAAGUUGCAGCUCAUUAUGAUGACAAGUAUGGUCCAACUGGUAUUUGUGUUUGUUUAGCAUUAUCCGUUUUCUUUACAUUUUUGUUUAGAAUACUGUGA